AUUGGGCGGGAAAGAAAGGAGCGAAUCCAGCGAGGCCUGCUCGCUCGUACGCCUCUCUUUCACCGCCAAGUGUUCCGGAAGUUAAGGAAGGGAAGAGGAAGUGAGGGAGAAGUUGCCACUUGGCCCUUGAUGGCCGCUUCUGAGGCGGAGGAGGAGGACUCCACUCGCAAUGGCGGCGGUGGGACAGUGAGGGGCAGGUGGUGAGGGCUCGGUGCCUGAACCUGAGGCACUUCCUCCCUUCUCCUCCUCAGGAAGGUUGUGUGAGGGCCUUGGCGAGCUUCCUCUUCUCGCCCGUGCCGCUUCUUUCCCGCCCUCCGUUAGAGAAGGGCCCCCAGCCUCGAAGCAAGGUGCUGCCCGCUUUCCAGCCGCCCACCCCGGGUGUUUCGGGCCCAUGAGGCCUCUUCCCUUUCUGGAGUUCCCUGGGAAACUGUAACGUAAGAGGAGCCGGCCAUGGACGACUUCUUGUCGAUCAGCCUGCUGUCUCUAGCGAUGCUGGUGGGCUGCUAUGUGGCAGGCAUCAUCCCGCUAGCCGUAAACUUUUCCGAGGAAAGACUAAAGUUGGUGACAGUUCUCGGUGCAGGGCUCCUUUGUGGAACUGCUUUGGCUGUCAUUGUGCCUGAAGGAGUACAUGCACUUUAUGAAGAUGUUUUGGAGGCAAAACAUCACCCAGCCAGUGAGACUCAAAAGAUGGUUGAAUCUGAGAAAGCAGUCGAGGUACCAGAAGUGCAUGUCCAUGACCACAGUCAUGACCACGAGAGAUUACAUGCCUAUAUUGGUGUUUCCCUUGUACUUGGUUUUGUCUUUAUGCUUCUGGUGGAUCAGAUUGGAAGUUCUCAUGUCCACACUGCAGAUGACCCAGAAGCAGCAAGGUCGGGCAAUUCCAAAAUUACUACCACACUGGGACUAGUUGUUCAUGCUGCAGCUGAUGGUGUUGCCUUGGGUGCAGCUGCUUCCACAUCUCAGACGAGUGUCCAGCUAAUAGUGUUUGUUGCAAUUAUGUUACACAAGGCACCAGCUGCUUUUGGCCUUGUCUCUUUCCUGAUGCAUGCUGGUCUUGAACGAAAUCGAAUCAGGAAGCAUUUGCUGGUUUUUGCACUAGCAGCACCUGUCUUGUCAAUGGUUACGUACCUGGGACUAAGCAAGAGCAGCAAACAAGCACUUUCAGAAGUCAAUGCAACUGGAGUUGCCAUGCUCUUCUCUGCUGGAACUUUUCUGUAUGUUGCCACAGUUCAUGUUCUCCCGGAAGUGGGCGGAAUAGGACAUAGCCACAAGCCUGAAUCUGCUGGAGGAAAAGGACUCAGCCGCCUGGAGGUGGCAGCAUUGGUUCUGGGCUGCCUGAUCCCACUCAUUCUGUCCAUUGGACACCAGCAUUAAAGGUCCAGAAUCCAGUUGUCUUCUCAGUCUAGUGUGAGCAGCAUUCAGGUGGCAGCUGCUCUUUUAUCGUUGUCUCUCUUACCCUUUUAACCAUCCCAUCUAUUUUAAGGAGUUGGAGAGAAGCACGAUGAUAUGAGAGGAUGCUGGGGAAACUACCAAUACAACAGGACAGAUGGAUAUACAUUCUGUAUAACUUCCAUUUUGAGAAGACAUUUAUUGAAACUUCAUUUGGGAAGAACUCAAUUCCUCAUUGUGAAAUCAUAAUCCAAGCAUUUGCGUAUGUUGGCAGAUUCGCAACUGACAUUAAACUCUGCCUUCAACGACGUGGGACUACUUCUUUUCACUUGGUGGCAAUGUCAUGAUCUCUCUUAAGAGGAUGCAUCCAGCAAAUAAAUGUGGAAUGAAGUCCUUUGUUUAAAAACUUGAUAGGAGCCUUGCAUUGGAUUGCUAGAAAGCACAUUGUGGUGUUCUCUCAGUGUAACAAUCUAUACAGCAGAAUGUGGGAGCCACAAAGACCUGGAGUUUAGGUUGUUCUGAUAUCUAAGAAGCCAGUGUUUGUUGAAACAGGCACUGUACCAAUUCAUUUACGACGGGUUAUUCUAUAAAAUACAUAAGGGAAAUAUGACUAGGAAGAAUGAAGGGCCCUUAAAGCAUCAACCUCUGCAGAUGCAAAUCUCAUGAUAUCUAAUGCUAUCCCAAGCAAAAAACAUUUUAAUUUAUUGUGAGCCUGUUUGAAUUGAGCCACUAUCUGAAUUAUUUCAGUUAACCCUAAAUGUAAAUACAAUUCUGGAAUGCAGUGCCAAUCACUGGUGCCUUUCCAUGUAAGAUCUGCUACCUAUUGGCUAUUACUCUUGCAUUAUGAAAGAAAUUGUUGUAAAAGCCAUGGGCAGAAACUUUAAAUGAUUUGAAAGUAUGCAUAGAUUCUUGGCACACAGCAUUUUCAUGAGUUUUCAAUCUUCUAUCCCAUUGCCAAAAAUUCUUCAAUCAAUCGUUACAAUUUCAGUGUUUCCAAGUAAGAUAAAAAUUGUAUGGACUCAUUUCUCUAGUACCAGUUAUUCCAUAUUAUAGAUUUAUUUCCCCUCUUUGUUUCCUUAUAGCCUACAGCCCACAUAAUUUGGAUCUCUUGGUAACAUCCUGGCAAUUUUCCAUGAGGGACUUACUUUUUCUCAAUAGUUAACCCCUGCUUGCUGAUUUAGAGCUUGUGCAGCUGCAGCAAUCAAUAUCAGGAUUUCCCUAAUUUUUUUAACAACACGGAAUGGUAUACAUAUACAUGUGCUGUGAAAGCUAAUUAUAAAUUGAAUCUGUAAUUGGUUUUAGAUGGCUAAACCAGCACAUCGGGAAAACUCAGUUCAGAAGUGGGUCUACCAGAAGCUGGGAUAAACUGCAUUUGGUGUCUUUGAUUCUUUAAAUAUGUGCCUGGAGUGAAAAGAAUAUAGGAAUUGUCAAAGAGGCAAUAAGCCGUAUCAGGUGGCAAGUUUGAUUUAUCUAUGGGCCUGUUUUACAGGGUUUUACUAAUAGUAACUUAAAGUAAAUCAAAGAGUUGGAAGAGACCUCAUGGGCCAUCCAGUCCAACCCCCUGCCAAGAAGCAGGAAUAUUGCAUUCAAAUCACCCCUGACAGGCUGGAUGGCCAUCUGUCAGGGGUGAUUUGAAUGCAAUAUUCCUGCUUCUUGGCAGGGGGUUGGACUGGAUGGCCCAUGAGGUCUCUUCCAACUCUUUGAUUCUAUGAUUUUGAACAGUAUAAUGGGUACAAGAUACUAUAUCACAAAAUUGCUCAAUUUAACAAAAAGCAACUGUAUUAUCUGAUGUGUGAACAAAGAAGGCUUCCAUGUGCAUCAGACCUGUCUACUUGGUUUAAGGUAAAGUGAGCAUAAAAACUGAACUAAAGGCGACCACUGGUUCAUAAUAGUGGACAAAAUAACAAGCUGAGUAGCAAAAUGGAAACUUUUGGGCAAACAACAGAUUAGAACAGAAUAUUCAAUGCUGUAAGGAACAUAUUAGCAUAAAAGAUGUAAUGAAAGUUUCAGUUUCCUGGGAUUUUAAUAUUUAAGAAUGUAUCUUGGACUACUGUUUUGGGCAGAAGCUGCCUCUACUGGAUUACAUAUUUAUGAAAACAACGUCUACCUAUUCUAGCUACUUGCUUCACUAGUUUUGAGCUUGGUACCUUUGAUUCUUUAAUGUAAAUGUAUUGUUUGCAUAACAUGCGGAGCCUGGGAGAGCUAAAACAUGAGGGAAUUUUAAAAAGGCUUGUGAAGCUACAAUCUUAAUUACACUGUAGUGGCAAGGAUGCCUUGUGUUUUUGUAUAUGUUAAACUGGUAAUAGAGUUCAACAACAAUUAUCUAGUGGCAAGAAGAGCCUUCUUAAGAUUAUGAAAGACAUGGUGUUGCAGAGCACCAGCUCUUUAGCCUCUUCUAGCUGUUAGAAUAUUAAGGUACAUUCUUGUUAAGGAGUUUUGUAUGCCCACCCAAAGAAUUAUCACUUGAAAUCAAGCCCUUUUCUAUUCUAAUUCUAGUCUUAUUAGUCACAUAUGCAUUCUAGUAUAAGCUUCACAGUAGUCUGCUGGGAGCCAUGAACUAUGGGAAGGGAUGAAUUAUUUACAGCCUUAUAAAUUUAUGUUUCUACUCAUUGAAUCAGUGGUGACAUGGGCUAAUGGUGGAAAUCAGUUUAGAAUUAAGCUGUAUCUUUUGUGAAACAUUAUUUUCAAUCAUUUCACUGAAUAUCAUAAUGCCAUUCUUAAAGGUUUUAAUUAAAGUUUAGUUUAUAACAAGUGUAAGGAUGUGAUAAUGCACAUGACAAAGGGAGUGUAGUAUUGGCAAACGUGGCAAGAUAACUCUUCUGAAUUUCUAGAAUGGCAGAACAUUUCCUUGCUUGUUAGGGAAGGUGCAAACUGUCUUUUCAGGUCCAUUCAGUGAUAGCUAGUUGCAUUCUUCAUAACCAGCUAUAUUGGAAUGGGAAAACUUGAACUUGUGUAUUGUGCUGCUGUAUUACACUCUUUAUGAUGAACCACAGGAGGCUUGGGAUACCCUUUACAUUGACAUUCAGAAGUGGAGUAUUCAUUUCAAAAAGAGACAAGCUUUUCUGUGUUUCAGUUGUGUCUCUGAACAGCUGUGACUUGUAGGUACAGCCCUCCCUGGACACAGCUGUAUACCAGAUUCUAUGUACUAAAGUGUAAUUUUAAUGUAUUUUCCAGAUUGUUUGUUACACACAAAAUCAUUCCAUGGAUGGCUGCCUUAUUUUUAAUUUUUUUCACUCUAAUUGUGAACGGUUUAAAAAUGUUUUUAUUAUAUUAAAAUUUUUAUUAGCUGGA